UCUUGGUUAAAGUCCACGUAGGAGAGUGUUGACUCAUGGAGACAAUUUAUGAGAAACCUAUUGAAAAUUCGUAUGAUGAACUGUUCAAGUCCAGAACUCCUAGGAAAUUCACGAAGUCUGAGCCAUAUGAUCUACCACAACUUAAUACCACACAGUGGAACCGCCAGCCAUUCCUUUGGGACUUUGCUCUUGGAGCUGUGAAUGUCUACUCCUUUGGAACACGUCAGCAGAGGAAGCUCUUUCCUCUAUACCAUCCUCCAAACCAACUGGGGAAUUAUUUUCUUCCUAUUAGAGGAUCGCCUCACACAGGGCCUGGGCAUUACAUACCAGAAGAUUAUGGCCUGGCACACCAGCUGUGUAAGAUCCCAACCAGUACAAAAGGAUAUGCACUUGGAGCCAGAACAGCCGUGAGGUUUAAGCCACUCACUAAGGAUGUGACACCUUGCCCAGGCAAGUACCAGAAAGUAAACACUUCAGAGGAAAAACACAAACAAAAUUUUGCUCCAUUUAAUGUCUUGAUACCUCGAUCUGGAAAUUAUUCAAAGGACAGUUCUUCUCCUGGCCCUGGCACCUACAACCCAGACAAGAAACCACCCCCAAAAGUUGCUUGGCCAAUGAAAUUUGGAUCUCCAGACUGGGCUCAGGUUCCAUAUCUGCAGAAAAGAACCCUAAAAGCUGAGUUGUCCACAGACAGAGAGUUUAGAAAACAUCGGAACCGUGUUGCCUAUUUCAGACUGUUCUACAACUGAGAUGUGGUCACUAUCUCCAUGUGCUCCUCCUGACCACAGAAUCUUCAGGAUUGAAGAUGGAGCUGCUCUUCUCCUUCUGCGUUGCUGUGGCCCUAUUACCUGCCAGCUUGGGGCGUAGGGAGGAGCAAGGGGCUCAUAACUACUAUGUGAGAGCAUGAUAAAGACUAAUUCAGAAUACUCUA